GGGUCUCCAUGUCCUAAAAAUCUGCUCCAAGACAUUAUCCUUCUUGAACAGUGCUGUAUAAAUACAAGUUGUUGUUUGUACAAACAAAUUCUCACGUCGCCCUUUGUUCGUUUUUAAUUACCAACAAAAAUACAGUGAAGCUCGUUGAGGAAUCCUGAGGUGAAAAGCGCUCUGGCUAGGAUUAUUUAUAUCUAUGCCCUUUAAUCACUGGCUCACUGACCAGUGGACUAAAUUUCUCCCUGUUUACAAUUCUCUUGUAAUUCCAGUGUGGAUGGUCUCUUGUUUUCCUGUAGGAUCUAAUGUCGCAGCUGGCCAUUGACUCAAGUGGACGGAAUGACCUUGAACCUUUGUCUGCCGCAUUUCCGACCAAGGAUACAUUGCAAUAAGGUCUGUGCUGACGGUUACGAAGUGAGCAACCUGAUAUCCGCAGACCCCCAGCAAAGAGCUCGUGGAUUCCGCUCCGAAUACUUCAUCAAACCUCCUCUGGACAUCACCGUUUCCUUCCCGUUUAGCAGCGACAUUUGCCGGGUGGAGGUGGACGUGUCGGCUGGAUCGCAGAGCUCGAUCGCUUUGUCCAUCUUCACCUGUAGCUCGUGUGGCUGGAGCGACGUGAAGGGGAACAAGGAUGGUUCCUCACAUCCGCCAGUGCCGGCGUUCUCCGAUAAAGACACGUUCACGCUGGUUGGAAAGGUUGUCCUGAAAAACCACCGCAGAGUGCUGUUUCGACACAGAGCCUUUAAGCCAAGGGCUCCUUUCACCAAGGUGCAGCCUGUGGUUGCAGACGACAGUGUCCUGAUCCAAGAUCUGUGGAGCAAAGGGCCCUGGUCGCUGGGUGGCGUGAGGCACUUCAGAAUCUGCAUCGCCUUCGUGUCGGGCGGACACUUGCCUUGCCUAAAGAGGCUGAGCGUUUGGGGGCAGCCGGCCAGAUCCUGCCCACUAGUGGUCAUCGAAAGCCUCUUCCAAGUCCAUCGUCGCUUGUGUCAGGAGACGGCUGACCGGGCCGAGUCAGUGUUCGGGGCUGAGGACACGUGUAGCACCGCGACCGGCAACGGCCUGGGACCGAGCACGAGUGCAGCUCCUGCUGUCACGGAGGACAUCCCGGAGGAAUUCCUGGAUCCCAUCACCUCCGACAUCAUGGCUCUCCCUGUGCUGCUUCCUUGCGGAAAAGCGGUUGAUCAGAGCACGCUGGAGAAAUACCUGCGGGGAGAGGCCACGUGGGGCCGGGGGCCGAAUGACCCCUUCACCGGCGUUCCCUUCAGCCGUCACUCCAAGCCGGCCCCUCACCCCGUGCUCAAAGCCAGGCUGGACAGCUUCCUGCUGCGCACCGCUGUGCCGGGCCGCACUGUCGUGGGGAGAACUCGAGCGGGAAUCAUCCCUUCAUCCUCGGUGAAGAGGGAACGUGAGCCAGUGGACGCCGCGGCCAUGGUCCCCUCCUCCACCCCACAAACCAUCAGCUUAUCCGCCGGUGGAGAUUCGGACACAGCCUGUGCCGCAAAGAGAUUCAAGGCAGAAGUGAAACAUUUACCAGGAGUUGGAGAAGAGCCAGGUGCCAUCUCCCAUGAGCAGCGGUUAUCACAGAGUCUGGACAGUGCUUUGGCUUCCGCCCUCAGUACCUUCCCAUCAUUCACGGACAGACAAAGGCCCCCCAUAGCUGGCAGCAGCAACACCGGCUGUGCGGCAGAGCUUGACUCAAGCAGUUCUGAUGACGUUUGCAUAGCUUGCUGUAGGGCGUUCUCUGCCUACUGCAGUUACCUGGUGAUCUACAGACUCCCAUGUGGGCACCUGAUCUGCAGGCCCUGUUUGUCAGAGAGGCAGAAGACAGCAGCGCUCUCCUGUCUGAAGUGUAAUCAGCCGGUCAACACAAGCGACGUGACCCGAGUUCACCUAUAGGUUCUGUGAUGCUGCCUGACCUGCUGCGUGUUCUCUUCUGGACCCCAAAUUGUCAAAGGAUAAUGAGGAACUGAAACCUGUUUUUACGACCGACCGAGUAAAUCAGAUGACUGGAUUGUCUCUCCGAUGUGCAAGCCCAGCCUGACCUGAGCUAGUGACCAAGUUGCUCAAGUGAGCUCUACAUCACAGUAUCUCUGCUUCCUCUUUGUGAGGGCAGAUCACACUCCUCAGAUCAGAAGUGCUGCAAUACCGAUCCCAACCAACAGAGGGUUGAAGGAGAAGCUGUUGCCAGGAGCUCAAUCCUUAUAAUCCUUGACUUUACGGGUGAGAUUUAUUGUGCUAGCCCCUCACAGACAAACCUCAGCAGGAGAACUUUUCUGGCAGGUUCUCAGAGACACUAUCCUGUGUGAAAGCCCAAGUAGUGGUUGUUUUUUCAAAAAUCAAAAUGCGUCUCCAAUUUCCAAAACCCGUUGAACAGAGCAAUACAUUGUGUUAUCUGCUGUAGGCUAUCAGCUUCACGCAGAAGGCCAUAGAUACAAAAUUAGCCAGUAUGUUUAAAGUGGCAAAAGACAGACUAAUAGAGACCUAUGUGAGUGUGCAUACGCACACACGCACCACACCCAGGGUAAGGGCAUAAAGGAACAAACGGAUUGAAAGAUCUGCCAUGAUCUAAUGUAAUGGCACAGCCAUCUGCAUGGGUUGAAUGGCCUCGCAUGUUCCUUUGUUACUGUCUGAACAUCUAUAUUAAUGUUCCAAGUUCAUCACGAACUCCCCAGUACCUUAUCCUUCACCUCAGUAAAUGAAUGGUUCAUCCAAGUGCCUGUCCACAGCUGGGGGAGUCCAGGACCUCUGAUGGCUGUGCUAUUGUCUGCACUAUUUGCCAAUUAGGAAUCACUGUGAGUUCAAGCUGUGACUGGAGAGCUAUGAGUGAAGCUUCCCCAAUGGCCUAGUGAGUGUAGGCAUCACCCGGAUGCAGGUUUGAAUCCCGGUCUGUGAUGAUUUGAGCCGAUACAAACCCAGGUCCCAUUUGAUGCACUGCAAUUAGGCUCAGUAUCCCCCGGACUAGAGAGGAAAUACCAACCAAGAUUCCUGCUUCUAAUCAGUGCAGAGACUCCUGCCGAGAAGUGUCAGAUACCCGAGGACAGUGAAAGGUUUCUGCGUGUAUCAAAUACUGGCUGGCCAAAUCCAAAACAAAAUUGUUUAAUGUAAAGGAAUAUAAGGCGGUACCCUUUUUUAAGAUAUGUUCAAUAAAUGUUCGUUUACAGUGUUGGCUGCUCUGUUGGGAGGCGAAAGAACAAUAAUGUUAUUUGCUCUUUUGGCCUUUUAAUUCCAGCAUAUAAAUUAGUGGACAUAUCGCUGUCAGUCUUCCUUUACAGUGGGAUCCUUCUGUACAGUUUCUAUUUGUGUAUCAGCCUGGCACAGUUGGUUGCACUCUGGCUUCAUGAAUCAAAAGAUCGUGGGUUCAAGUCCCACAGCUGGACCUGGAACUAAAUAUAGUCCAUUGUCUAUGUAAGGAUUAUUAAUAGCAAUAAUUAAUAAUAAAUGUCACAUAAUAAAAGCUUCUGUCUUUUCAUUUGGUUGUUAAUAUUGAAUUGUCAAUUGCGAAAUAAAACCCAGGGCAUUGACUUGUGA